CUUAGUUCAAAAUUUGUGUUUCGUUCAACGACCCGAACCCCACUCAUUUUGCCGGAAAAGCACCGAUCCGUCGCCGCUGGGAUAAUUUUUUCUCGAUUCCAUGAAUUCCGCCUGCUAUCUCUUCCAUUUCUACUGGAAUAUUUCAUUACUUCAACCAAUUUCAAGCUGCUCAGUCGGAUUCCUUGUUUCUUAAUCAAAUUAGGGGUUUGAACUUCGUGGAUUUUCAUUAUCUAUCAUGGGGGACACAAAGAUUCAUAGAGCAUCUGAAAAUCCCAAUCUAGAUUGGGAAGCAUCACUGAAGCAGUAUGAAAACGUUAUGGCUUCAGAAUCCGAAGCACUUAAAGUGAAAGCCACGAUCAAAUUAGCCCAACUCUCCAAAAAUGCCCCGGAAAAUAUUUUGAAGAGCGCCAUACCUAUUAUUGCUAAGCCUCUCGAAGAUAAGCCCACCAAUAAUGCAAGCCAAUCCAUGAGAGCCGCUGCUGCAUAUUGUCUAAGAUGUAUAUCUUGCCAAGGUGAUGGUACGUUGGCAAAGGCGGUAGGUCAUUCCGGCGCUUUAGAAUCUUUGCUCAGGUCAUUGCUACAUUCUAGUGGUUGUUUUUGUAAGAUUCUAGUGAAGUGUAUUUGGAGUACCGUUACUUUUGAUAAAAGUAGUCGUGUGAUUUUAGCAAGAAAUGGGGGUUUGGAAGUUAUUAUUUGUAUGCUUGUUUUUGUAACUGAUGGGACUAGGAGAUAUUUACUGGAAAUUUUGAGUGCUAUGGCACUAUUGAGAGAGGUUAGAAAGGCCCUUGUUGGAUUAAGAGGCCUCCCUUUUCUUGUGCAAGCUGCUAGAUUUGGCUACAUGGCUUCUAGAGAAAGAGCUUGUGAAGCAAUUGGGUUAAUUGCAAUUACAAAACGUGGAAGAAACAAGCUUGUUGAGUUGGGAGUGGUUACAGUGCUUAUUGAGCUAGUUCGUGAAGGAGAUUAUGUGACAAAGUUGGUGGCUGGUAAUGCCCUUGGAAUAGUUUCAGCUCAUCUGGCCUAUAUUAGGCCUGUUGCACAAGCUGGGGCUAUUCCUUUAUUUGCUGACCUUCUUCAGUCGCCUCAUCCUAUUUGUAAGGAGAUUGCAGAGGAUGUCUUCUGUCUCUUAGCUGUUGCUGAAACGAAUGCAGUUGUAAUUUCUGAUCAUCUAGUGAAAGUUCUUAAAGAAGGUGAUGAUAGAGGAAAGGCAGCAGCUGCUGAUGUAUUGAGGAUUCUUUCUAGCUAUAAAUACUCCAUAUCAGUUGUGCAGAAUUCGGGUGCAAUUCCAGUUUUGGUUGAUCUAUUACACGAUGGGAAUCACGAAGUGAGGGAAAAAGUCUCUGGAGCUAUAGCACGAUUAAGUUAUUAUGAGACAGACAGGGUUGCACUUGCUGAUGCAGGGGCAAUCCAAGGACUAAUAGGGCUAUUGCAAGAUGAGUUAGAAAAAGUGAAACUUAACGUUACUGAGGCCCUUACAAGUUUUUCUAAAGACCCCUUAUACUAUACUAGACUAUCUGAAGUUGUCAGCACUCCUGCUUUUCAGAAUUUGCAGGAAAGAAUAACUCAUAUUCGUGCUACUGAAUGACAAAGCAUGGUGUCCGUGCAUCAAUUGGGAAUCAACCAAUUUACAUUUGAUCUGGAUCUUCUGUAACUUUUUGUGCAGAGCAACCUGCUCAAAACCAAGAGGCGGAUGAAACCCCGUCCUCUCUUCAUGAACCUCCAACACUUGCUGUUGUGGAAGCUUAUGUGGAAGGAAUUGAAGCUACACUUCAAGAAGUCUUGCAACGACUUGAAAAUUUAGCACUUCCUUAAAUAAUACAUCAAGAAAAUCAAGAAGGAAUAUAUAGAGUUGGGUGAAUUCAUCAAAAAAGAAGAUUCGAAGUAGAACCUUUUCCAAGAAACCAAGAUUUUACCAAGAACUUCAAGAUUAGAGUUCUACUGAUGACAAACUACAUGACAGGCCAGCAAUUGAUCAGAAUAGAAGGUUUCGGCCACAUAUUGAUGGAAGGUGAAGAGAACUAGUUGAAUAUAAGAUGAAGAUUGACUUCCUAGCUAUGACGAAAUUUUGAAGUUUUCCUUGUUUGGUUGAAAAAUACUGAGAUCUUUUUUUUAAUUGCAUGAAUACUCCCGAGGUGAAAGGUGCAUCUAGUAGCAUUAAAGUUGAAGGUUGGAGCUUCAGCUUGGUGGGAACAACUUGAGGUCAAUAGGAGAAGAAACGAAAAAAAGACCAAUUGCCUCGUGGGAAAAAAUGAAGAAAUUGAUGAAUGCUCGAUUUCUUCCACCCAACUAUGAACAAUGAAAGACCCUCUAUAAUCAGUACCAUAAUUGCCGACAAGGAACAAGAACGGUUGCUGAUUACAUAGAAGAAUUCCACCGGUUGGGUGCAAGAACCAAUUUGAUGGAAAAUGAACAACACCUUAUUGCCUGGUUUGUUGAAGGUUUGAGAUUCGAUAUCAAAGAAAAGGUGAAAUUACAACCUUUUUUUAAUUCUUUCUGAUGUUAUUACCUAUGCAGAGUCUAUAGAAGAGAUCAAUGAGUUGAAUUCAAAGAAAAAUACAAGAGGGGACUGUAGAAUACCAACACUAGCACCAAGCCUUCUACUGCACAAUCCACACUAAAUAUCAAGAGAAAGAUAAGGCUAAUAAACUAAAUGGGAAGAAAGCUGAUGCAGCUCCCAAGAAGCAAACAGAAAAUGUUUAUCAAAGGCCGAAUCUGAGCAAGUGUUUCCGCUGUGGUCAAUAGGCCACCUCUCCAAUGCUUGCCCAAAAAGAAAAACAGUAGCUAUCCUUGAGGAAGAUGAAGACUUCAUUGAAGAGCAAGAAGGAGAUUUCUAUCAAGAAGAAGUAUUAGAACCCAAUGAAGGAGAAAGGUUAUCUUGUGUACUCCAAAGAGUCUUAAUUGCUCCGAAGAGUGACACCUCUCACCAACAAAGACAUAGCCUUUUCAAAACUCGAUUUACCAUCAAAAGCAAGGUGUGCAACGUGAUCAUUGACAGUGGCAGUAGCGAGAAUUUUGUGUCUAAGAAGCUGGUGACUGCACUCAAAUUGAAAACGGAGCCUCAUUCUAGUCCUUACAAGAAAGGUGGAGAUGCCCAUAUUAGUGAGAUUGGUUCGGUUCCUUUGUCAAUUGGAGGAACUUAUAAAGAUCAAAUUGUGUGUGACAUUUUAGAUAUGGAUGUUUGCCAUAUCUUGCUUGGAAAACCGUGGCAAUAUGAUGUUCAAGCAAUCCAUAGAGGAAGGGAGAAUACCUAUGAAUUCCAAUGGAUGAACAACAAGAUUUUUCCAAUGCCCCUUGGCAAGAAAAAUGAAGGAGUCAAUCCAAAGAAGAUCAAUAGCCAUCUCUUCAUCGUUGAUCUUGAUCAAUUGUUGGAUGAUGCCAAUGAAGUAAAGGAAUUCCAUGCAACAAAAAAUCUGCCAAAUACACUUGUCCAAGUUGUUGAAAAUUCUUUCAGACAGAAUAAAGGAUUUCAAUUGGGAAACUUAAGUUCAGAGAGUAAAUCUCGGGGACCAAGCAGGAUUGACACUGAUGCUUUUGAAGACAACAUUUGUGGUACAAUACUUGAUAAUAGAAAUAUCCAUAAGUUCAAUACUAAUGAAAACUAUAUAGAAAAUGGCGAUUUAUCAGAUGAAAAUGUGAAGGGUGAUAUUGUGGCAAACGAACAUCCCAGUUGUUCAAGGAAGAGGACAUUACGUUAGCCUACACGAUUGAAGAAUUUCUAAGCAUUAAAAAAGAGUCAACCAAUCUUCCUCUACGAGACAUACAAUAUAAUAUUUUUGUUCAAAGCUUAGGAGGUUGGUUUGGUCAUACACCAUCACCUAAUGGAUUCCGGCUUCCAUGACAAACUCGGGACGAGUUUGAUGCUAGGGCAAUGAUGUAAAUCAAUACCUACUGUCUUCUAGUUUCUGUUUUAAACUUAUUAUUAGUUGGCUAAAACUACUUAGUUAGUUACUCUGUAACCAAUUCAUACUAAUUCCUCUAUAAAUAAAGCAUCUCCUCUCACAUUGAGCGACA